AUGGCCGCUCCACUUCACGUCCAAUUCUUGUACGGGCCGGCAGAAAUCGCUUUGAAAACAAUACUGUCUUUGAGAAUUGAAUCUCUGCCACUCUUGGAAUUGAGUCCGGAAAAACCUAGUGAAGAUGCUAGAAAGUUGCUAGACCUCUGUAACACUUUCAGAAGCGGAAGAUCCCAGAAAGUCUGUCUCGACUUAUACUUGGGGAAUAUAUUACUCGAUCUCAGUUAUGAUACUGUUCUUAUGCUAGCGCUGAUGACUUGGCAUUUUGAUGCUUCAUCUUCUGAAGCAUCACCGGGGUUGAUUAAUUUCCUGAAAUUGCCUUACGAGAGUGUGAAGAGAAUGCUUCAGGAGAAAUAUCGAAGAAUGAGUGGAACGAAAUCUUCAGACUUUGACUUUUCGCUUAUCCUAAAUUGA